AUGUUUCGUCUUCAACAAUCAACCAAACCAUCACCAAGCAUGUGUUAUCCUUUACAAAAAACACAAUCGGCACCAAUGCGUCUUUGGAUUUCGAAUAUUCCAUAUUAUUGGUCAACUAUUGAACUUGAAAAAAUCUUCAGUGUGUUCGGUCAAGUGUACGAUGUAGAAAUUCCAUUACGAAAUGGUCAAUCCCGUGGCUAUGGAUUUGUUACUUUCGAAAAGCAAGCCGAUGCAAUCCAAGCUAUCCAAGCAAUGGAUGGACAAGUUAUCAAUGGUCGUAGUAUGCAGGUCUAUCAAGCACAUGUGAAACAAAAAUCGUUGUUGAAACCGUAUUUACUCAUUCAAUCGAUUGAUCGAUCUUUAUUUGGAGGAUGUUGCCGUUGUAAGGCGUGUGUUGGAAGUCGAACUAACCAUGGUCAGACACAUUUGUACGAAUGA